AUGGCCCCAGAUCGCGUGGACCAACUUACAGCCGAUCCACUGCGUUCCUCUGGCACGCCCUACAUGCGCGAACUGCUGCGGACAGCCAAUUUGCCGGCACUCACAACGCUCGUUGUGCACUACGAAGAAGACGCCGUGGACCCCUCUGGGGCUCCCGCUCGAAGGGAAUUCCCCGUGUUCAACCUCCCCUCAGAUUCUCAGAGUCGAUUUCCCUCGCUGAGCUCUAUCAAGAUGAUCAACGGUUGGAUGCGUUGGUCGCCGGCCCUGGCCUCCCAAGUGCGCGUUUUGGAACUAGGCACCAGUGUCGAGGAGGUGUUCCUUGGGCUUCCAGUUGACUCAUGGCUCGAAUGCCUCGGGAACUUCUCGCGUAUAGAGGAGCUUUCCCUCACCCGCUGCUUCGCCCCGCAUGUCGGCCCGCCUGGAGGUGUUACCGCCAGCGCACGUCGUCCGCUUGAUGCCUCGCGGUUGCGUCUACUGGAAAUAGAGGAUCACCCCGUCGCCAUCGGCAUAAUCAUGUCUGCGCUCAUCGUCCCCACAUCCGCCACAGUCCAUCUUUGCGGCAUCGUACGAGAGGCAUCCCCUGAGCAGUGCGGCGGGGCGAUCUUAGUGAUGCUCCCACGUGACAAGUCCCGCCUGCCCAUACUGCACUCCUGCAAGGGUGUCGAGGUCGCGGUUCAGGACAAAGAAUGCCAAAUCAUUGCAUAUGCACAAGAGGGUCACAGCUCCGAGUCCGAGUUGAGCGCUCGGUACCCAGAUCAACCAUCGCCGAGGUUGUUGCUCACCCUCCACACCAACUUAUGCAAUCCCGCAUUCGACACCGCACAAGAGACCCGGCUAUCACUCUUCACCGUCAUCCUCUCGAUGUUCAAGUACAUGUUUUCGGACGCCAAGGACGUCACACUUCUCAAGGUUUGCGGUCCUACCGGCGAUUACGACACAAUAGACCAACGUUGCUGGGCUGACGCCCUUAUUCCCUUCCCCGGCCUUCGCCACCUCAUCGCCGACGACGAACACUUCACGUCGUUUCCGGGAACCCUAGUCGACGCCCUCAUGAUGUUCAACGCGGCACUACCCCACCGCGCCGCGCCUGUCAUCUGCCUUGAACUCGACACCCUCGCGCUUUACGGCGAUAUCGAGGACGAGGUCGAGGGAGCGGCCCUACUCGACCGUAUCAUCGCGUGUUUGGAAUGGCGCAGGGAACGUGGCGGGCCCACGACGCUGCAAAGCUUGAAGAUCGGACUAUACAGUCCUGCGGCAAUUUCCGAGGGGUUCCUCGCGCACUAUCGGCGCAAGUUCUAUCGCCUCGCGAUGAACUGCAGCUUGAAGGUCGACGUGACGGACCAUCCGAUAUAUGACCGGUCGCGGUGA